AUGGGUUUGCUCAAGAAAGAUAAGAAAACUUCUGCUCACUCCUCUACUUCUCCCUGUGCCGAUUUGCGAAACGCUUACCACAAUUGCUUCAAUAAAUGGUACUCGGAGAAGUUUGUGAAAGGGCAAUGGGAUAAAGAAGAGUGUGUUGCUGAGUGGAAAAAGUACAGAGACUGUCUCUCGGAGCAUUUAGAUGGUAAACUUCUCACUCGCAUUUUGGAGGUCGACCGUGAGCUGAAUCCAACAAAGCAAGCUGAUCCAAAAGAAUCCAGUUGA